GCUGCGUGCUGACGUCACGAUGCGUUCGCCUGUACGUCGUACGUCUCUAGCGCAAAGCGUCUCACGUUGCGCCCUCAUCGGCCAUCUUUGUGAUGGUCAAAGUGAGAAAAGUAAAUGUGAACCGAUUUAGAAGCAGAAGGGUGGAAGACACAUGAUGGAUGUGACGGAAGAGAAGAGGGGCCCCUGCCCGGAUCCUGGCGCUGCUGGGGGCCCCCUGCCGGGCAGGUGCAGUCACUUCGUUCACAGGAAGAAACGAUUCUGCAAGAUGAUCGUGUCCGAGGGGAAGAAGUAUUGUGGGGAGCAUGCGGAGAACGGGGAGGAGCAGAACAGCAGGAUGCGGAUCCCUUGCCCACUGGACCCCAAACACACAGUGUAUGAAGAUCAGCUGCAAAAACAUCUGAAGAAGUGCAACUCCAGAGAGAAACCUCAGCCGGUUUUUUACGUUCAUAAUGUGAAUUCUGGAGCUGUGACAGCAGAUGCGAGUCAGGACCAGGUGAGCCUCAGCUCCUUGUCCAAAGAAGAGAUAAAGGAGCUCGCAGAUCGGCUGCUCCAGGUCACAAAAGGGUUAGAUCCUCCGCUGCCAGACAGGAAGCUCUGUCAUCCGGCAUUACACGAGGCUCUGAACGAUCCGGCAAACGGGGAUUCUGCCUCCAAGCAUCUCAAACAACAGGGUUCUAUUUUGGGACAUUUGGACAGACUGGGUUUGCUCGGCCCAUCUCGAUGUUUUGUAGAGUUUGGCGCCGGCCGAGGGAAGUUAUCACAUUGGGUGAACAACGCCGCGGACGACGCUGAAAACAUCCAUUUCCUGCUGGUGGAAAGAGCCACAACAAGGUUCAAGGUGGAUGGAAAACAGAGGAAGUCAACGUUUCAGAGGCUCCAUAUUGACAUCCAGCAUUUGUGUCUAGAUCGAGUUCCCAGUCUUGUUGAGAAACAGCUUCCGGUCAUUGGAAUCGGUAAGCACCUCUGUGGGGCAGGCACAGAUUUGGCUCUCCGAUGCCUCGUUCACCACUACAGUAACCCAGAUGGAGAACCCCGCUGCAAGCGCUCCAGGACGGACGCGGAACAGACCGUCCGCGCAGAACCGCCGUAUCGCUGCCACGUGGACGGCAUUGUUAUUGCCCUGUGCUGUCACCAUCGCUGUGACUGGCAGCAUUAUGUGGGCAGAGACUUUUUUGAAAAGCUCGGAUUGGGCCAGCGAGAAUUCGGCCUUUUCCAGCGCAUGUCCAGCUGGGCCACGUGUGGCGCCAGGAGACCGGCUCAGGCGGAGAACUCCGGCGGGAAAGGGAACUCUGAGGAUAUGGAAGAGCAUGACGCGGACCAGAAGAACGGUGACUGUAAUACAGAGUCUGUGCAAGGGUUGCAACUUUCUGUCGAGGAGCGAGAACAUUUCGGGCGUCUAUGCAAGCUGCUCCUAGACCGCGGGCGAGUGGACUACUUGGAAAGAAUGGGAUAUAAAGCCAGCUUAGAGUAUUAUACCGAGCCGGAGGUAUCAUUAGAGAACGUCAUACUGACCGCGCUACCUCAGUCAGACUCUUAAAGAGUACCUCCCAUGAUCUUGCUAAAUUUUAUAAUCCUCCCAGUUCACUGCCACCAUCAUGAUAAACCUCCCCCUGCCUUUAUUUUUAUUAUUUUUUAGUUUUUUACCUUGAUAUUGCUCUGUAUUUUCUGCUCAGUCACAUUCACAGACUGGGAAGGGGCGUUCCCCAGCAGGCAUGACAUCAUCUGAAGCCAUCCAGGGGAGAACUUCCUCCCUCACACUGCUAUACACAGCCCAGGGCAGUUCAGUGUGAGAUGAGCUAUGAUUGCCUAAGGCUGCACCCACACCCCCUCAGCAUUCCAGACUGCAUUUCCUGAUUUUGAACCUCUGCCAGCCCAGCAGGAGUCCAAAGUCUGCGCAAGAGAUGGGGGGGGGAAAUGUGCUCUGGACCAGUAGGG